UAUCGAUUUGGGAGAUCCCGUCUGCGAUUUGUUUGCUUCGUCUUAUUUUGAUUGCGAGGCACAACAGCUUGGGUGGAGUUUGCCCGUGUGUUGCACUUGCAGCGGUUGUACAUCGUCAACUUCACCAAGCUUGGACCCCUGUUUUCGUCCUGGGUCGGCAGCAGCAGCAACAUCCGACCUAGAGUUUGCAGUCUGUUGGAGUGUACACCACCACCACCUUGGUGAAAAAGAAUUCCAGAAGGGAAGGCGAGUCUGGGGAAAUCAAUAAUUCUUCUUCUGCACUGCCCUCGCUCUCUACAGCAGCAAAGGAGACAUCCGUCCACUCGACACGAGGCAACCCCAAAACCACCCACCAUGGAUAUCGUCCUCGAAAUCGCCGACACCCUCUUUGGGGACUACCUGUACGCGACUUUCCACCCAGCGAAGCCAGCACCUUAUGACUUCCCACACCCCCCGUCCAACGAGACCGUCAACGACCGGGCCUUCUCAGCUUGGACAUACACGCCCUCGACCCACCACUUCUCCCUCGAGCCCUCACAAUAUGCCUACAUGAGCCAAUGGCCGCGCGAUAACAUCUACCGCCAGGCCUUGUCCCUGUUCCUCAUUAUCUGGCUAUUCGGCCUGGUCGUCUACUUCGUCUUCGCCACCCUGUCGUACGUCUUCGUCUUCGACAAGAAGACCAAGGAGCACCCAAAGUACCUCGCCAACCAGAUCGCCCUCGAGAUCAAGCAGACCAUGACCUCGAUGCCCAUCAUGUCGCUGUGCACCACGCCCCUGAUGCUGGCCGAGGUCCGCGGCCACAGCAAGCUGUACGACGCCCCCGCCGACGCCCCCUUCGCCGCCUACUCCUGGGUCCAGUUCCCCUUCUUCGUCAUGUUCACCGACUUCUGCAUCUACUGGAUCCACCGCUGGCUGCACCACCCGCUCAUCUACAAGAACCUGCACAAGCCGCACCACAAGUGGAUCAUGCCCACCCCCUUCGCCUCCCACGCCUUCCACCCCCUCGACGGCUUCGCCCAGUCCUUCCCCUACCACGUCUUCCCCUUCUUCUUCCCCCUGCAGAAGCUGUCCUACGUCUUCCUCUUCGUCUUUGUCAACUUCUGGACCAUCAUCAUCCACGACGGCGAGUUCGUCUCCGACAACCCCGUCGUCAACGGCGCCGCCUGCCACAGCAUCCACCACCUCGCCUUCAACUACAACUACGGCCAGUACACCACCCUCUGGGACCGCAUGGGUGGUUCGUACCGCAAGCCAGACCCCAGCAUGUUUGACAAGCAGGAGAACAUGUCCCAGGCCCAGUGGGAGAAGCAGAGCAGGGAGAUGGAGAGGAUGGUCGAGAUUGUCGAGGGCGUCGACGAUAGGUCAUACCUGCCGGAGGCCAAGAAGACAAGGUAGGCAGGGAGGCUCUGGAAGGGGCAUCAAUAACAAAAUGCUCGGUAUGGACGGAAAGGUGCGAGUCGACAUUUCCAUGCCCCAUGGGAAAGACCCCGGAAUGUCGAGACAAAUGGGACGAGAUUUUUGUACAUAAUUCAGGCUCCUGCCCACCUCGCCCCUUGCUGUUGCAGAUACUCCGUAUCUCUCGGAGAUGGAAGCUAGGGGUGUCAAUACUUAUUUUAAUACCAUGAAUGUAAACUGAAAGACA